AUGGGAGACUGCAGCUUCUUGGACCUAGAGCUGGAUAUGGACAUUCCUGAAGAAAUCACUAUCUCAGUGGACAUUGAUAGCUAUAUCUGGGUCACUCCAGACUUUUGUACAGCCCUCAGCUUAGAAAUCUACUUGGCUCCAGUAAUUGGUCAGCAAACUCCUAUCCACAAGCACAAUCACAUAUAUGUGGACAUUCUUGUUCCUCAAAGUGCAGAAGACCAGGGUCCAGAUGGUACUCAAAGAGAGAAGUGGUGGACCAAGUCAGUAUCUUUGAGCUCCAUACCUCAUGUGCCAUUUGGAGUGCUGAGCACAGCAAACCACACCUCUAAUCUCCUGCUGUUCUUUCCUCGGAUGAUUCAUAACUGUUCCAACUCAUCUUUGAAGGCUACUAGGAUUCCAGAGGCACCCAAUUCUUCUCUGCCUUAUGUGGACACCACUGUGCAUGAGAUCAGAUAUAAAUCAAGGAAAGGUGGCUCUGGUCAGCCUGGAAGCCAUAGACCCAAGGUCACCCCUGUCUCUGGAGCAGCAUUUGAAAGAAUUCAAAGAAGCAUGAGGACCCGGGUCAGAGAUCAGGUAAUGCUGGCCUCUUAUGGAUCCUUCUUCUUUGUCUUGGAAGGCAAGGGCAUCAAACUGUGGACAAAGGAUGGCCAGAAUGGCAGAUACAACUCUCCUUAUGAAGCUUUAAAGGCCAACUUCACAAACUUGGACUGGGAUCACAUGAUGGACAGGAAUAAUGGAGAACUAUACUUGGAUGUGGGGAUUAGCUUCAAUCCCACUGAUCUCUAUCUGAGGCAGUCCCUUCAAAGUCUGGAUGUUGAAAGGAUUAGGGACUGUGAUGGCAUGCUCUUUCUUUAUGAUGUACAACAAACCAUCAUCAAAGAAGACAAUGCUAAGGUUCACAAGAUCAUGGAUGCCAAUGUCAAAAGCCAUCCCAAGACCCUCACUCCAUCAAAUCCUAUAAUAAAUGCUGAUGACUGGCCCAUUGGUCCACAACUCAGCUGGAAGGAUGUGGUGCAGAUGAUUGAAGACUACCCUCAACUUCUCAUGAGGCCUUGGAUUUAUGACUCCAUCUGGGAUCCAGAGGAUUUGAAUCUGGGCCUUCUAUUUGUUCAAUUCACAAGGGAGUUUUGGUUGCAGCUAGGUGAAGCACAGACCACCAAUGAUUUUAUGGAUGCUGUUACUAUCAAUCCCAGGAUCUGCAACAAUCUCCAGGAAGCUAUGAUCUGCUGGUCCUUGGAUAGGGUGAAUCAAUGGAUCAUCUCUAUUAAAUUCCAGGCCUGUAGUGCUGGACUGGAGGGAGACAAACCUGGGUGCUCCCACUUCUCAUUUGUGCAGAGACGCACCACAUUUUUCCCUCAUAAAGACACUGCCCCUCCACAGUCAUCAAAGUGGAAGAUUUAUUGGACAAAGGGUUACAUUGCACAUUAUCAUAAAAUAUGCUCUGAGCUAUCUGAAGCCCAGCUGGAGCAUCUGCAUGAACAUCUAGACAUACUUUUUUCCAACCUCCAAUGUCUUCCUGAUGCCAACAAGCCCACUGCAAAAAGUCCUGGCUCCCUAGCUUCUGGUCAGGACAGUAUCAAGAUAGUGACCAAUCCAUGUUUCUACCAGAUACAAAAAAUUGAAGGCAGAAAGAGGACUAUCAAGAGGCCAGCUGUCAUCAGGAGACCACAAGAUUUCUGCAUAACCAUCAUGAACAUACAGGGAUGGGAUCCAAAGAGGAAAAAACCAGAACAAAGAAAACCUCAAGUUGAUAGGAGAUCUCUAAAGGCCAAGCAUGCUAGAAAACCACCAACCAGGCAGAUCAAGACAAUAGGUCCAGUGACAAGUGCCAGCAAUAGAACCAACAAAAAGCACAGUGCAGACCUAGAGCAUGAUACUGAUACCAACAGCAAUAGCAACACCCAUGAUGGCAGUACCUCUGAAACAAACUCACUGUUUGACCAGAAGGAUAAUAAUGCUGCAGAUCAUGAUGAGUCUGAAAUGGAUUUAUUAUUUGAUUAUGAUGGGAGUGGAGAGGAAGCUGAUGAGGAGGUGUUAAGGUCACGUGCUCAAGGGGGUCAGAUCACAAGGGCUUGGCCUCAGCUCAUACACUGUGCCUCUUUCCCAAGUAUGUGCCCUUAA